AUGGAGAUAUGGAAACCAGUAAACCAGAUAAUAAGAAUAGCAGAAUCUGUUGUGAUUACCUUGGUAACUAUGCUAUACAUUCUUGGCUGCUAUGAUGCAGUAGUGGCAUCGGGGAUAUCUGUAAGGCUGUACUUCCUGACAACAUCUUUCUAUUACUACAUUACCUGCCUAGUAAAAUCGCCUGGACAGCUUCUAGACUUUGGGACUGCAAAUGUAAAAGGAAUAUGUAAGAAGUGCAACAGGAUAGUUGGAACAAGGACAGUGCAUUGCGAGAUAUGCAAUAAGUGCUACCACAAACGAGAUCAUCACUGCCCAAUAAUAGGCAGAUGUGUUGCAUCAAACAACACCAAUGACCUGUAUCUCACGAUUGUUUUUGCAAAUCUUUACUCAUUUGCUAUGCUAUUUGAAAGCUCGCCGCAUGCUCUCAUGGCAUUUGUUCACAAGUACUUGUUUGUUAUUUCUGGAUGGUUUGUGUUUUGGUUUACACUGCUGAUCGUUACCGACAAAACAACACAGGAGCUUUUGAGGCGACGAGGCAGAGUCCUGAAAGACUUCAGGGUGCGUAGGCUGAAAGAUUUGUUCCGUGCUGGACUUUUGCAAACUCUGGUUCCGUAUCUUGCACACAGGAUUUCAGUGGUGAACGAUGGAUGA